UUUCAGUUACAGUUUUACCACAAUAGGUUUGAUGUAUAAAUUUAAGAAUUUAGGUUUUACUUUGUCUGACGACUUACUUCACAUUUUGGAAAAAACGGGACCAAGGAUCAAGUAUUUAGCAAAUUUAGCAUAAGUGAGAUAGAAUGGAUGAACAGUACGAUGAAGAGAAUUAUCAGGAUGGUGAACAGGAGAGUUACGAAGCAAGACCCAAGCUCGGCAAUACGUUAACAUGUUGGGGUAAUCCUCGAACAAUGAAUUUGAAUCAUCUCGUACUUACAAAUGUGCAGAAUUCCCCUUAUUUUAAAGUUCGCCUUUUCGAACUGAAAACUUAUCAUGAGGUUGUUGAUGAGAUUUAUUAUAAGGUUGACCAUUUAGAGCCCUGGGAAAGAGGAACAAGGAAAACUGCCGGCCAAACUGGGAUGUGUGGUGGAGUAAGAGGUGUUGGAGCUGGUGGUGUCGUUUCCACUUCUUUCUGCAUUUUGUUCAAACUUUUCACUUUGAAACUCACACGCAAACAAGUAAAUGGACUUCUCAACCACACUGACUCACCGUAUAUAAGAGGCCUAGGAGUUAUGUACAUUAGAUACACUCAAGCACCCAAGGAUUUAUGGCAUUGGUUGGAAGCUUACUUGGAAGAUGAAGAGGAAAUAGAUGUGAAGGCAGGAGGGGGUUGUGUGAUGACCAUAGGAAUGAUGGUAAGAACUGUACUCACUAAACUUGAAUGGUUUUCAACUCUGUUCCCAAGAAUACCUGUCCCAAUACAAAAGCUCAUUGAUGAAAAUUUAAGUGCGUAUGGAUUGACUGGACUACGUAGAGGAAGAGAUGAACCAUCUGAAGAUUAUGAGCAAUACAAUGAAGACCGUGGCAGCAGAGCUGCUUCUUUAAAAAGCAAAUCACCAGAGCACAGAUCAAGUAGAGACAGGAGCAGUCGACACCGAUCCCCUGAAGUUCGUCGUAAAAGAAGUCGGUCCCGCGGCCACAGUCGAUCCCGUGAUGACGGUCACCGUCGCCAUGAGAAGGUUAGAAGUUCACAUGAUAGAAAGCGUAGAUCACGUGAUAAAGAUUCACGGAGAAGAAGUUAUGAGCGUUCAUCUAGACAUCGAAGCAGAUCCCGUGAAAGGCAUCGUAGAAGAUCUCGAAGUAUUGAAAGAGAACGUUCCUACCGUUCCCGUUGAAAGUUUGAAUAUUUUAAUUCUUUUACAAACAACAAUGUGAUGACGUGGGGGAGAUUUUACACCAGACAUCAUAAAAAAACAAAACUCCUUAGAGCUUCAUGCUUUUUAUGUUUUGAAUUUUAAUGCGAUACUUUUGAGUUCAUAUUUACCAGAUAUCAAAAGUUAAAGAAAAAAACACUGACUUUAUAUUUAGAACAAUACAAACUUAUAAAACAUCAUAUGUAAAAUAAAUUCUACCUGCCACACAAUUAAAAUUACUGAACAGGCAAAGAAAAAACAGAAUCUGCUGUAUUGUCAAUACGUGAUUGUACAUUGUAACUGUAAACAAUACAGUUGUUUUGUUUA